UCAUAAGGGACAUCACAGCAAAUUCUGCCUCCUUGGGGUGGAGGAGGAUUGUGCAGAUAGUGGGACCAUCCCCCAAGGCCAGCCUCUUGCCUCUUCUGCACUCAGGGCAGAUAUCAGGGGGGCCUACAGCACCAGUACACCUCGGUGAAAGGGCUGGAGGAGUGGUGGUCCCUGGGAACCGGCGGAGGUAGCAGAUGCCACGGCCUGAGAUGGCCUGAAGUGGCCACGGUCCAGUGGGACCACGGCGGGUGCCAAAGAAAAUGGGGAAUGUUGGGCCUGGGAUGCUGGGCUCCAUGCUCUUUCUGAUGCUCGGGCUGCAGCCUCUACCGCUUAGCCGAGGGAGAUUCCUGCACCAACCCCCAAGCUCGAGAAGCUUCCACCUGGGCACCAGACAUCACGGAAGCACCUGGGAGAAGCUGAAAUCCUGCAAGGGUGCCUUUGACCUGUACUUCAUAGUGGACGCGUCACAGAAGGCAAAUAACAUUUGGAAGGACAUUAUCAAAUUAGUGGAUGAAAUAGUGAAGAAGUACACAAACCCUAACCUGCGGAUGUCCUUUAUCACCUACUCCACACAGGGCAAAACUGUCAUGAAGCUCACCUCAGACAGACAAGAAAUAAGUCGUGGUCUUAGCCGACUUCAGAACAUAGUGCCUACAGGAGCCACAAACUUGCAGGAAGGGUUGAUAAAGGCAAAUAAACAGAUUCAACAUGCUACCUCGGGAAAGAACAGUGCUUCCAGCCUGAUUAUCACCCUGACUGCGGGGCCACUGCUACCAAGGACGUUACAGGACACAAAGAAGGAAGCUCAACAGGCUCGGGAUAUGGGGGCCAAGGUUUACUGCUUGGGUGUAAAAGAUUAUAAGAGAGAUCAGCUACAUAAUAUUGUAGAAAGAAAGGACCAAAUGUAUGGGAUAGAUGAAUUCAAUUCUGCAGAAAAGCUUGUUGCCUCGCUUGUGAAAAAUUCGUGUAAGGAAAUGAUGGCUGCGGACACACACUUUGUCUGUUUAGGAGGUAAGAACCAAGACACAGAUCUAGACAGAAGUGUGUGUGUGUGUGUGUGUGUGUGUGUGUGUGUGCGUGUGAUGCAUUCACGUGGCAUAAGAAUGCUGUGACUGUGGGGGGAGGUAUCUGUGGUGUUUUUGU